UCAAAGUACAUAUAGCAUUGAAAAAAUAGGCUAACAAAAAAUUGGAACGAGAUUUUCUCUGUCGUUAAUUUUGAUCGACUGAUUAUCGACCGAAUUUAGUAAUGCAUGCCAAUCGGGCGUAAUCGUUUCGUGCUUCGGUCACACUGCAGGGUUGGCUUGGCGACGCAAUUUCAAUUUUCAAACUCCAGCGGCAAAUUCAACCAGUUUUGUGUGAAAAAUUAAAUUUUAUUUGGCAAAGCAAUGAGGACCGACAUGCAAGGCCUUUUCAGCGACCCGGCGUUGGAGCGCCACUUCACGGGACACUCGGGCGGUAUCACACAACUUCGCUUUAGCCCGGACGGGAGUCAGAUAGCGACUUCUUCAACGGAUUCAUCCGUGAUCCUGUGGAACCUGAAGCAGGCGGCUCGCUGCAUCCGCUUUGCAUCACACACCGGUGCGGUGAACGGGGUGGCCUGGUCUCCAAAGGGCAACUUGAUAGCCUCUGCUGGCCAUGAUCGAACUGUGAAGAUAUGGGAGCCUAAAGUGCGUGGCGUCUCCGGAGAGUUUGUGGCUCACAGCAAGCCAGUGCGCAGUGUGGAUUUCGAUCCGACGGGUCACCAGCUGCUGACCGCUUCCGACGAUAAAAGCGCCAAACUAUGGCGUGUGGCCAGGCGUCAGUUCAUCGCCUCCUUCGCCCAGCAGUGCAAUUGGGUGCGCUCCGCAAAGUUCAGCCCCAACGGAAAGUUGGUAGCCACUGUCAGCGACGACAAAUCACUCCGCAUCUACGACGUGGGGAGUGGCGAGUGCGUCCGCACAUUCACAGAGGAGAGGGCGGCACCUCGGCAAGUUGCUUGGCACCCGUGGGGCAACAUGGUGGCCGUGGCCCUCGGCUGUAACCGCAUCAAAAUCUUUGACGUUAGCGCCAGCCAGCUACUGCAACUGUACGUGGUGCACUCGGCGCCUGUGAACGAUGUGGCCUUCCAUCCGGGCGGACACUUUUUACUGUCGGGCAGUGAUGACCACACCAUCCGCAUUCUGGAUUUGUUGGAGGGCCGACCAAUUUAUACGCUUACCGGACACACUGACGCAAUAAAUGCGGUAGCUUUUACAAAGGAUGGUGCACAAUUUGCCACAGCUGGGAACGAUAGACAGCUGCUGGUGUGGCAGUCCAACUUGCACACCUACGACGCAUCCCAAUUCGAGACGAAGGCUGCCUUGGCUUCGUCGGGCUGCGACACCAGUACCGCAUCUUCGUCCAAGCAGAGCAAUGUUAGCGACGCCAAGUCCAAUGACCUGAGUAUCCGCAUUGAUCCACGCCAAUCUUUGGCCUACCAGACCUUGGACGAGGAUUUCCAGGUGCUUGACAGCAGACACAUGACACCAACCGCCCAGGAACUGGACCUCAAUCCUCGAAGCGCCAGUCCGCGCCUAUUUUAACCAACACAAAAACAAUACCUGAGUAGCCUUGCCGCACAUAACUUGAUGAACCUUCCACAGGUGGUGGACGUGUCCCUUGAAUCCGCCUCGGAAACCUGCUCUUGCGAGGCCCAACUGGAGGAGAUGAGUGAGAUGCUAAAGUUACUAGACGAGCGAGUGCGGCGUUUGGAGGGCAUUUACACUUUGUAAUAGUUAAGCGCCUUUUAAAUAUUUUUACCUUCUAUAAAUAUAAUUUAUGACAUACAUAUAUGACAAAAA